GGAAGGAAAACCACAGGAAGUGGUGCCCUCCCACUAGGGAGGAGGCACGCAUUGUUGUUUGUGUAUAAAAUCUCACACGGUGCUCAAAGGAAUCAGAUAAACUCCUGCUUAAGGAAGGAACAACUGCCAAGAAAUGCAAUGCCCUCCCAAGCCACUGUUUGCCAGCUGGCUCAUAGAGCAAGUACAGGCAGGCCAGUAUGAGGGUCUGCGCUACGUCGCUCCAAACAAGAUCAGAAUUCCCUGGAAGCACAACUCCAAAAGGGACUGCAGUGAUGUUGACACUAAAAUAUUUCAUGCAUGGGCAGUUGUCAGUGGUAAAAUCAGUACAUUCCCGAAUGAUAAGGCCAGGUGGAAAACAAACUUUCGCUGUAACCUGAACAACCACUCACUGCACUUCAAACUGAUUGAAGAUAAGUCCAAGACUACAGAACCUCAUAAAAUCUAUGAGAUUAUCAACACUAAGAGCAACGACGAAAGUACACAGAAUAUACAACACUCAUGGGAGGAGUCUGACAUGAUUGUUGACCUCUAUAGGGCUUCCCCAGAGCAACAAUUUGUUAAAAAUCAUAGUCAUACAACAGAAUAUUUCCAACAACAUACAACUGUCCAGGGAAACUAUUCUGUUGCUGCAAUAGCCGAGAAUGACCCUCAUCUUUUAACAGUAAAUCCAUAUCUUCCUCAAUAUCAGAGUAUUGACUUGGAGGUCUCCAUCCACUACAGAAAUAGACAAAUGCUAAAGACUAUAGUGAACACAGCCCGUCUCCAACUCCACUACCUCCAACAGGCCUUUGAGAACAACUCCUAUCCUCUCUGCUUCCCCACCACUGAAGGCCUGCUGGACCACAAACAGAUUAAAUACACCAAUUGUAUCCUGAACAGUAUCCAGAGAGGUCUGCUCCUUGAAGUCCAUCAGUCUGGAAUUUAUGGCAUCAGGCAGGACACAUGCCGUGUGUUUGCUAGCACUGAUAAAGCCAGCAUGGCUGAAGCACACCCAAUUAAAUUACCCAAAAACACUAUUGUGGAGCUCUUUAGUUUCCAGAAGUUUAUUCAUGAACUAAAACAGUUUAAAGAGAACAACGGGAGCUCUCCUAACUAUACCAUCACAAUGUGUUUUGGAGAGAUGUUCCCGGAUGGAAAACCGCUGGAGAAGAAGCUUAUUAUAGUACAGGUGGUCCCACUCAUCUUCCAAACCUUUCACGAGAAGGCCCAGAGUGAGGGAGCGUCUUCUCUGAACAGCGCCAACGUCAGCCUCCAGUUGUCACACAACAGCUUCUAUGAUUUCAUUGCUUCACACUUGAGCCCACCAACAACUGAGUUUAGCAAAGAGUCCAAUUGAGAUUUUUUUCCCUCCUAUUUUGCCAAUAAAUUCUUAAUAAACCCCCA